CUAAUUAAACUACAUUAAGUUGUCUUAGUAUAUGUAGUCUCUGUGAAAUCAAAGUUACAUUUUAUUUAAUAUUUUGUACAAUAUGAGUUUUUAGAGCCAAAAACUCCAUUACCCAUGAUCCCAUAUGUGAGCUCUGAUUGGCUGGUUACCGGAGCUGUCAUUUGACGUAAUCGGACAGCGCGCGCGAAACUCCAUAGUAGGAAGAUCAGGAUGUCAGCGCUGUUAGAUCACCCAGGAUAUGAGGAGGAGAGGCUGCAGAGGGUGGCCGAGCAGCUGCCCUGCAGAGAGGUCCAGGCUGGGAUGCUGCUGUCGCUCCUGGGGCAGCCACAUCAGUACAGCUUCCCCUCAAUCUUCAUCUAUGGUCAUCGGGCAUCAGGGAAGAGUCAUGUCUUGCAUGUUUUGCUGAAGGAACUUGAGCUGCCUCACGCCACAGUCAGCUGUGUCGAAUGUGUUUCUGUCGCGCUGCUGUUUGAACAAGUGCUGCUGUCCUUCUUUGGCUGCGACGCCGCCUCGCUGCUCCCCCGCAGUCCCUCCCUGUCUGACUUUGUGCGCAUCUACAGACAGCAGUGCUCCCAGACUCCUGCCAGGCAGACGCGAUGCAUUGUAAUAGAAAAAGCCGAGCUGCUGAGAGACACUGAUGCCAAUCUCCUCCCUGCUCUCCUGCGUCUUCAAGAAUUGGUUGAGGACAACAUUACCGUCAUCCUGCUGAGUGAAAUCGUCUGGGACAAGUUCAGGCCAAACACCGGCUGUUUCGAGCCCCUUCUGCUCCAUUUCCCCGACUACAGUAAAGGUGAGCUGCAGCAGAUCCUGUCCCAGGACAGACACCCUUCAUAUUCAGCUGAGUUUUACUCGUCCUACAUCAACAUCCUGCUGGGAGUCUUUUACUCGGUCUGUCGGGACCUCAGAGAGCUGCGCCACCUGGCUGCCCUCAACUUUUCAAAGUUCUGCGAGCCGUUAGCAGAAGGAAAAGUGAAGGAGAGUGACACUCACAAGCUGUGGAGAAACAUCGAGCCUCACUUGAAAAAGGCCAUGCAGACGGUGUACCUGCGGGAAGUGUCCAGUCUCCAGUGGGAGCAGAUGCAGCAAAUGGAGGAGAAGGAGAACGGAGCCUUGAGAGGUCUGUCUGCUCACACUCAUGUCGAGCUGCCUUAUUACUCCAAGUUCCUGUUGAUCGCUGCCUACCUGGCGUCCUACAAUCCUGCCCGCACAGACAAACGCUUCUUUGUUAAGCACCACGGCAAAGUCAGAAAAACAAACUUCUUGAAGAAAAAUGAAAAGACUAGUAACCAUCUCCUGGGGCCAAAGCCGUUCCCUCUGGACCGCCUGCUCGCCAUUUUCUACACCGUGGUGGACAGCAGAGUGGCUCCUACCGCCAGCAUCUUCUCUCAGAUCUCGUCUCUGGUGACUUUACAGCUGUUGACCAAGGUCAGCCACGACGACCAGCUCGACGCCCCAAAGUUCAAAUGUGCUGUUUCCAUGGACUUCAUCUGUGCCAUAUCCAGGACGGUGAACUUUGAGAUUCUCAAGUACCUUUAUGACUUCCUGUGAUCCUGCUGUGAAUAAAGGAGAGAUGACCAACAGUGACAGUAAGACAGAAGAGAGAUUUAUACAUUCAAAGCUGAGCAGGGAUCUCAGACUGUUGUUGGGAGUUUUGUGGAGGAAAAUUAAUCCAAUUAUGUCGCUGCCCCCUUGUGGUUGAUGAAUAUGUUUCUGUUUUCCUUGUGAAGCCUCUCAGAAUGUGAAAGAAAAAUUAUGUUCAUGUUAAAUAUUUGCAUUUAUAUAAAAAUAAAUGCCAUAUUGGCAAUUUUGCUUUA